AUACAAUUUGUCCGUGUUGAAAUCGGGUGUCGAACACUCUUUCCUAAGAUGUGGUCGCUUGUGCUUGGUUUGGCCUUGAUCUUUUCCUUUUCUUGUGUCCACUCAAAGCAAUGCCUAUACUAUAGUGAUUGCUCUGGGGAUGAAGAAUGCUGCAUGGUUUCCAACACUUGUACUCCCCGUGAUAAGUGUGUCAUUUGCUAUUAUGACGCUGAAUGUUCCACAGGGAAGAAGUGCUUGAAGCAAUCGGGUCUUUAUGCUGGUCUUUGCGUGGAUGCAGUGGACAUGACUACCGAAUCACUGUCCUUCACUGUGCCUGCUCCUGAUACAGAAACGAUUCAGCCGCAGGUAACGGAUGAUGUAUCAUGUACUUAUGACACUGAUUGCUCAAAAGGCGAAGACUGCGACGACGGAAGUUGCAGCUCUUCGGUACCUGACGACAGUUCAAGCGACAGCGACGGUUUGGACAUUGGGUACAUUUUCUUGAUAAUUAUACUCGUUUUUGUGAAGAUUUUGCUUUGGGCGGCCUGUCUGAGAAUGAGAUACAAAAGACGAGUGUAUCAGCGAAUGGCCAUCGUUGCACCAACAAGGCAGACAACAACCACUGUAAACACAACAACAGCAGCAAUUAUUAAUCACCCGUAUGUUUCAUUGCCACCUUGUGCUGCACUACAACCAGGAUAUGCCUAUUCGUAUCCUGAUGUAAUCGGAGGAGCAGAAGCUUCUCCUUUACCGCCCGGCGCGCCACCACCUUACAGUUCCCUGGGAUUAGAGGGAAAAGGAAAUAUUGAGUCUAAAGAGGAGGUGCGGCAAGAAAUUGCCGUUUCUAAUUUCGUCGAAGGAGUCGCUUCUCCCAUGCAAUGUGCACCUACACCGGAGUACAAUUUUCAUAUGGUUUUUGGACGACAAGGAAAUGAAAACAAUACAGCGUUUGAGCAACCGAGAGCAAGUCGCGACAAGGAGCAGUAAGUCGCGCCGGAUUUAUCACAGUUGAAUAACUCGCUUAUAAUAUUCUUAUGUAGACCGUUAAUUUGUGAUGCAGCCUUUUCUUUAUUUCUGUCACGGAUUGUAGAGUAGUAGAAGGACAUUCCCGUUAAUGUUACUGACUUAUAGUUACCUUAGAAACCUAUCGAUAUUGUUGAAGAACGGUGCAUCAGAAGACUGGAAUCUAUCAUUUAUGUUAUCACUCGGAUAUGCUUAUACGUUUCAGCGUUCUGGUGAUCUUUGUUAAGGAAUGCUUAUUGGGUCGUGUUUGGUCUUACUUUCUCACAUAUACCUACUAUCGAAACUCAUAGCUACCUUGGAAAACCUGCUAUUUGCUUACAGCAUUACAAAUUGCGAGACCCGUGGGUGACCACAAUCGCCAUACACAUAUAAGUGAUUUCUGUAUGUCGGGUGGGUUCAGAAAAAUGCUAUGGUCAUAUGGUCAUAUCACAUCGCAGCUAUAGUUUCCGCAUAUACAUGCUGCAAACAACUCUAGGCGUUUUUUUCGUUGAGAAUUAUGCAUGGUCCUCUUCGAUCGGUUUCGAAACAAUGGACGCGUUAGAAAUUAGAAAAAUUCGUUUUUGAGUUUCCGAUUUGAAAUUCUUGAAUCACUUUCGUUCACGUGCUCAAUACAAUAGCGAUUCAAGAGCAGAAUUUUUUAGUAAGUUAUACGUCGAGACUCAAGAGAGAGGUAUGCAAUCGCAAGAAAUUUCCCUCGUUGCCAUUGUUUAGUGACUGGAAGAUAAAUAAUGAACCCGGUCGUUAAUGACCACGAGGUAAAUAGUUUUUUAAAAAUAAGAUCUUAACCAUCAUCGAGGCCAAUAGUAAAAUAGAUAAGAUUAUUGAAUAUACUUAAUAUAACUGCUUAAUAUUGAUCUAGCCUAAUAAUGGAUAUUACAAGGAGAGUCAUUCACUCCUCGAAGUUACGAGGUUAAGGGAUUUUCUAAGUGACUUGGUGCUGUUUCAAUUUCAUACAAACCACAUGUAGAAAUGAUUAUUUGCUUUCACUGCAAGCUUAUCACUUUUGCGGUGGAUUUUGCGCA